UCGGCUCAGCCGCUCUGCGCCUGCGCGGGGGCAUUUUCGAACUUAAAGGCGGUUGAGAGGGCGGCGAGGGGGCGUUUUGCUCGCCCGGUGGCGGCGGCAGGUCGAUUCUAUGUUGUGUAAAGGCAUGUAUUGUGCAUGGUAUGAAGGCAACAACACCCCUUGGCCAACUGUAAUACACAGAACCUUUGAAGGAGAGGAGAGCUGGUCUUGUGGUAGCAAGCAUGAUUUGUCCCUGGCUUAUUCAAAUCAGAAUUUCAAAGUAAACCAGAAUCUGAACCUGGAAUCUAUUUAAGGUGGCUUCCCUUUUCUUACAGUGGGCAAGAUGAAGAAAAGAGUAAACGCCAAGACACCAACCGGAGCUUUGUUCCCUAGUGCUGGCAAGCAAACCAAUCUCUCUGCAUGGAGAACAAGUACCCCACAGUCAACGGGCAGCAAAAAGGCACAAACACCCAGUGGGGAUCAGCAAUCUGCUGCUGAAGAACUUGGCCAAAGUCCUCUUGAGGAAGCUCUGGACUAUUUGGAGAAAAUUAAAGACCGCACUUCCCUGAAGAAUAAAGUUCUGCAGCAAUAUUUGGUGACUGUUGAAAAGACUGCCCAGGAGAGAGGCUUGGCACCAGAAGAAAUUGAUAUCUUACUGAACAUAGCACUCAGCGGGAAGUUUGCGGAAGCAAUAAGCACUCGACUGGUGAAGAACCUGAUUCCUACUUCAUUGAUAAAGGAGGAUUCUGUUGUUUCGGCUGUGUCUUGGCUCUGUGUCAGCAAAUGUUCUCGCAACACCCAGGUGCUCUUUCUAAAAUGGCUAAUUGCCAUGUUUGACUUCAUUGAUCGGAAGGAACAGAUUAAUAGCCUCUAUGGCUUCUUCUUCAGCUUCCUACAAGAUGAAAAACUGCACCCCUUUGUCUGCCACGUGCUCUAUUUGUUGACCCGAAGAGAGAACGUGAAACCUUUCCGUGUGCGGAGGCUCCUAGACCUGCAGACCAGGAUGGGAACUGAACCUCCCCUGCAGGCUCUGCUAUUGAUGUACAAGAACUUUGCUCCUGAAAUGGUGUCCAUUACGCUGCCGGCAAACACAAAGAUACGGUUCAAAAAUUCGGAGAAUCUGUGGAAAACAGCUCUCGGCCACAUGAAGCAGCGGAUGUAUGGGCCAUCGCCUGCAUCCCAGCAGAAUUUAAUAGGCAUGGAUUGUCCCCAGUCCAGGAAGAGGAAAUGGAACACACAAGUGGCCUUGUCGGCACGUAGCACCACCUCCAGCCGCGGCUCCGCUGCAGACCAGAAGGCCAGUUGUGCAGAUCCCCUCGGCUGUGCUGAAGCUUUCCCAGUAGAGCAGCUGCAGACCUUUCCCCAGCUGCUGCAAAACAUCCAUCGCUUAGAGCUUCCUUCCCGGAUCGGCUCAGUACUUCGAAAUCCUCUGUUGCUUCACCACAUUAACUGCCUCAGAGAUGACUCUGUCUACCAGAGGAUGUACUUCUGGAUGGGUCAAACGUUCAGAGAAGAAUGCCCUUGGUACAAGACUGAGAACCAGCAAUAUGAAUUGGAGUUCAAGGACUUCCUGGAGAGAGUCUUUGAGGCAGAGUGUUUCUUGCAGGAAGGCUUCUCGUCCUGCGAAGAAUUCCUGUACCGGAGCCUGCCCUUCUGGGACGGCUGCUGCUGCCGGGCCCAAGUGCUGCAGCUGGUGAGCUGGAUUCCUCUCAGCACCUUCUCAGAAAUGAAGUCCCACCUCUGCAAGCCCCUGGCCCAGCUCUUCUUCACCUCCUCCCUCUACUUCAAGUGCAGCGUCCUGGAAAGCUUGAGGGAGCUGUUGUUGAACUGGCUGAACUGGCACGUCAUGCAAGCAGACAUGGCGACGGAGCUGAAUGCUGAUCUCCUGAACACCACCCUUUCUGGCCUGGUCAGCUCCGUGGCAGAGCUCAUCCACUUGGUCGGCCGGCUGUCGACCUCUGCCCUGUGCCUGGAGAACAACUCCACUUUCCUGAUGCACUUCAUCCUGGACUUCUAUGAGAUCGUGUGUGACGUGUACCUGAAGUAUAACCUCCCCUUGGUGGUGAUGCCUCCUGCUGGCGUCUUCUAUCCGGCGCUCCUCAGCAUGGAUUCUGUCACACUGGACCAGCUCUGCCACAUCAUGUACAGGUAUCGGACCAACCUGGUUGCUGCAAAACAAAAUCAACAGGCCAAAAAGACAAUGCUGCAAUUCAAGUUCAGCAGCCGGACGUGCCAGGAAUACAACCGGUACCUCACAGCCAUGGUUGGGUGUCUGUGGACUUCCAAUGUCUUCCAGAAAGACUUUCACCCUCAGGGCAUCAAGAUGGACCCGGAAGUGCUGGAGAAGGCCAAGCUGCAGGAGUACUGGAAGAGCCUGAACAUCGUCUUCCACCCGGCCCUGACGGGCUACGCGGUGCUCUUCCUGGAGCAGGCACAGAACGACGGCAAACCCCCAAACUUCAAAUUAAUUCAGGGGAAGAGAUGGGAGUGGUACCUGGAAUAUAUGUACUCCCAAGAACUGCAAGGCCUCAAACUCUUCAUCAAAAGCAGCAUCAAUCGCGUUUCCCGGCAUCCUCAGACCAAAGCAAGCAAGUGAAACGGACACAACUGGCCUCCAGCUUGUAGACUGUUCUGGUCACCCACAGGCAACGAUGGGAUGCUGUUGGACUGCUGUCCUUGGGAAGAGGGGCCCUUCAGUCUCUUGAAACUGGCGCCGGCUGAAAAGCAAUAAUGGUGCUGGCCGUCCUCCAGCGGCAAGAGCAGAAGUCCGGCGGUCCCUGCCUGGCUGGCCUCUGGGCAACAUUCAGCCUUCCCCUCUUCUGCCGCUAGUGACUACAAAGUAAAACCAAGCGCACUUGACACAGGAGCAGCGUCUUCCCAUCACAGGAAUGGAGGGAAAUGUUUGAAUUGAAACACGGUGGGCGGAGACGGUCGUGAGAAUUGCCAGCCUGGAGGAGGGAGCAUGGGCAUCUCUUUCCUUCUCCUGGUGCUGCUGCAGAGACCGCGGGGCGGGCGGCUAGAGCCUGGCCCUUCUCCUGUACUCCGCGAGAUGUACAUAGCUGUAUAGUGGAUAUUUAUUCAUGGAUGUCUCUGUAACUGAUAUGCUUCCUGCUGCCACUUAGAGAGAGCAGGCUUUCCUAGUGAAGUCACUUGAAGCUGAUCGGUUUGUCUCCCCGUUUUCACACUAGUGUGUUGCCUUAAGCUCUCCUGCCAUCCUGUCCUUCUCUCUAAUAAAUGUGUUUUGCAACAGAAUCUGAGGGAACACUCGGCCUCCUGGGCCACCUGGUUCCAGUGUGGCCCUGACACAACGUGUGUCGUCAGUGGCCCGGGCCAGAGGCUCGGCUCUGGAAAUGCCCUGCAGACAUCUGCCUCCGGCAGCAGGCAGCAAGAACUGGGGCAAGUGUCCAGGGGCAAGCUAGCAGCCCUCCCCACCCCCAGCACCCCACCGUGAGUACCAAAAACCAGUGGUCCGGUUGCAGGCCUUGUCUCCCGUGGGCGCCAGAGGGCUGAAACAGCCCACCCAUUGCUGCUGGCUGCAGCCACACAGUCCUCCUGGUAGCAGACAGUUGUCCUCCCUGCUUGCCAUUCCUGGCAUUUUCCAAGACGUCGUCCAAAAGAGUCAAAUGCUUUCGGUGUAGCAUUGCUGGCAUCUGUCUGAGCUGCUAGUCUGGAUGCCAGAGUCUGGACCGUGGUUCUCCUUGGCCCACGUCACUGAAUGUUGGCAAGUUGGGGGCCCAGCUGAGCUAGUGUUCGGGAUGCAGGGGGAGUGGAGGGUGGGGAGAGAUGCACAGCACGCACCUCCCCCCCCCCGAAUAGUGGCUGAUCGCCUGGCACACAUCACUGGCAACUGGGCAGAUGCGGUGCUGUUCCUUGCCUCCUAGUGUUUCAUUGGGGAGCUCCGUUAUAUUGCCAUCAGGAAGGCACUGGCAGCUGUUUGGCUCUAAGCAGCAGGCUGUUGCUGCCGCGCGGGGAGGCUCUGCUAGCUGGAGCUGCUGCCGGUUUUCUCACGGCACAGUGAGCUCCUUGUAUUGCUGUUAUUCCCGAGCUGGCAGCUGGGAGAGGGGGAUCCGGGCCCCCCUCCUGGCAAGGAGGUCUCUCUUGUUCCAGUGGCCUGUGGGCAGAUGUCGCUUCUACGGCGAUUCCCAGCCACGCUCAGUUGUGGCUUGGAAUGAUGGGAGUUGUAGUUCCACAGCCGCGGGAGAGCUGAGGGGGCCUCCCGCUGCUGUGCAGGGCCAGGCCUCUCUCCUGCCACGGGAGGAGCAGACCGCUCUUCUGGGGGGACGUGAUGUGUGGCUGCCUUUGUGUCGGGGAGAACCACAUGGUUUCUGCAGCCAUUUUAAGCUGCUCAUCAGAGAUGUGUUGAAAAGCUUCUUCCCAGUCGCCCCCCCCCUUGCAUUCCUGACCUCUUGUCCAAGGCAUUGGUUGACUGCUUCGGGCCUCCCCCUUCCCACCCCUUGCCUGGGAUGGAGAAACUGCUUACUGCUCGCUCUCCUCUCCUGUUGGCCUACUUCCCUGCGCUGGUGUGCUGCAUUCCUAAUGCCAUGAAUAAAUCAGGAGCUGCUGGCUUAGAAGGGGGUGCAGCUGGAGCCACUUGGAGAACUGAGCUGCCAGCCCAGUGGCGGGGGGGGGGGCUCCCCGCGGGUCUCGAAUCGUGCCUGCCCUUCUUUGAGUUCCUGUUGUUGUAGGGCUGAAAUUGUAGCUAACGGAUCAAAAGCUAGCAGUAGGUUUAAGUGUCGUAGGGCCAGCUGUAAGGUCACGAAAAUGAAUUCAUCAGACUUAAUCAGGUUAGAUGUCCAGCAAACAAGAGAAAGAGGAGAGAUGGCCACUGGGCGCAAGCUAACGCUGUCCUCUAGAGACCGAAUAGGGAAAGAGUUGCCCUGGUCUAAUCAGGCUAGAAGUUCAACAAUAACGAAAAACAAAACCUUCCAAUUGGCGUAAAACAUAACAAGGACAGAUAUGCAGCUGCUCUCUGUUUGAAAAUGCCAAACCAUCAGUCACCGAAGAUCCCUUUUGAGGCAGAGAGCAGGAAAACUGCAGGUUAGCUGCACAGGCAGUCACGACUGCAGCCUCGUCACACAAUCAUAUCCGCAUUGGAGUGGUUUUGUGACAUGUCGGUGCUCCAGAGCACCGGAGUGGCGGUUUGGACUCACAAGUCUACAGCUGCUUCGGGAGCUCUGGCUAGAUGUUGUGCUAAUUUGCAGGCUGCCACUGUGAAGUUUCAAGGGGAUUUACUGCUAAACUAAAAAGCUUUGCGAUGUAACCGCAGGGGUGGGGCGGAUGAAGGGCAUCUGGUUGAAGUGCCUAGUUGGGAGCGCCGAUGCAGUGCUGGGAAGAGCCCAUGAGAGCGAGCGGAUGGAGAAACUGGUCAGGGGGGGCAGGGGACGGUUGGCAAAGCCCCCACUUGAGCUCUGUGUGUACUCACAGUCCAGAAGGCAAGGCCACCCCGGCGGCGGCGGCGGAACAGCACAACGUAGGCCACUCUUGUGCUUCACAGCCUGUAAACAUGUUUAUGCUUUUCUGCCUGAUCGUUUUCCACAUUCCUCAGUGGGAUGGCAACAGAGGCGGGCUGUGGAGUGCUUCAGUCGCACACAGAAGCGUGGGACACAACAAUGCACAGGAGCGUGCCGUGGGACGCUGGCUGCUGGGCAGAGCAAGGGCCGUGAGGGAGCCGCAGGAGGAACAUCAUACAUACAUGCAGAAGAGGGCUCCCGGUCCCCAAAGGGCUCACAGGCUACCCAAGGAACAUCAGAGGGGCACCAGCACCGGCCGCUGGAGGGACGACAUAAAGGAAAUCUCCGCUUGAAAACUGCGCCUCUUUAUCUCUUUACCUUAGAAUAGGACCCCACUUCCCUUCGCUGCCUGCCUGCCUGCGGAGAGAAUUCCCUUCUGCUGUAAACAAAGAGAUCUGCCAUUUCUCCCAUCCCCUCUGCUGAAAGGGCUGCAGUUUUCCAAAUGCAGCAGGAGAAACUGUGCUACAAAGAUGAAAAGCAUCGCGGGGAUUCAGACCCUGGAAGAGCUCACGGCUGUUGCUUGUGCAUUCCGAGCCAUAACAUUCAUGCACAAUUAUUAUUUGUUGCGUUUUUAUGCCGCCUUUCUGCUUUGACAAAGGCACCCAAAGUGGCUCACAAUAUUAAAGACAUUUAAAACGUC